AUGAUGGACUCUGUUUCACUUUCCUGUAAAGACUGUUCCUCCUGGAAGGGGCUCCUGCUCACAGUCUCACUUUUAAUCUGCUGGCUGCUUCCCAGUACUUCCCAGCUCACCAUUAAAUCAGUGCCUCCAAUUGCUGUUGAAGGGGAAAAUGUUCUUCUGUUUGUGCAUAACCUGCCGAAGAAUGUUAAAGCCUUUUCCUGGUACACAGGAGUUACAGCUAUCAAGAGUUGUGAAAUUGCAAGUCAUGUGAUUGCUACCAAAUUUACUGUGGUGGGACCUGCACACAGUGGUAGAGAGACACUAUUCAACAAUGGAUCUUUGCUGAUCAAUAGUGUCACCAGAAAAGACUCAGGAUACUACACUCUACAAAUACUUGGUGCAACCUCAAGACGUAAAAUAAUACGUGCAGAAUUCUUUGUGCACAGCCCACUUUUAGGCUACAAGGAUCAUCUUACCCCUUCUCAACUCAAAAUUGGGUUGGUACCACCCAAGGUUGAAGAAAACAACAAUAUUAUUCUGUGGGUUUUUAAUCUGCCAAAGAGGCUUCAAGGCUUUGUCUGGCACAAAGGAGUACUUCCACUUGGCCAUUUGAAGAUAGCAAGCCAUUCAUUCCUCACCAAUUCAACCAUACUGGGGCAUGCAUAUUAUGACAGAUUGACAGUUCGCAAUGAUGGAUCCAUGCUUCUCUUGAAUGUCACUCAGAAAGACGCAGGGCUUUACACUCUACGAACAUUAUCUGUCGAUUUGAAAUCAGAAUGGGCCAUUUUGGACCUCCAAGUAAACAAACUUUGA